GUGCCAACACGAGUCUUCAGGAGUAUUUCCGUACAGAUGACGAUGCGAAGACACUCCUAUCAGAUAUAUAUGGCCAACAAGGAGUCUGUCAACAGUCACUGGGGAAUAUAGAUCGGGCGAUCCAUUGCUAUAGUCGAGCUGUCGAGGUAGACGCCGAUGCACACGCAUGCCAUGCCAACCUAGCUGUUCUUCUCCUCUCGAUGGUCUCGCCGCAGGGCAACGAUGAAGGCCUCCUGAAACGGGCUAAGGAGCAUCUCAAUCGAGCUGUGGAGCUCGAUCCGAGCAAUUCCGAGUAG